AUGACAGACAGAGGGAGUUAUAACACAUCCAGAGCAAACCUCCGAUCCACGGCACCACCUGUGCUCCCACCUGAGCCAAUCGACAUCAUACGGAUCAAGGCCCGCUCGAGGCGGGUCAGGCUUAAUGUUGGAGGCCUCACACAUGAAGUUCUAUGGAGAACACUAGACCGGUUGCCAAGAACCCGUCUAGGACGACUGAGAGACUGCAACACCCAUGAGUCAUUGCUGGAGAUUUGCGAUGACUACAGCCUCACUGAGAAUGAGUACUUUUUCGACCGGCACCCGGUGGCCUUCUCCUCCAUCCUGAACUUCUACCGAACAGGGAAGCUGCACAUGAUGGAGGAGAUGUGUGCCCUGUCCUUUGGCCAAGAGCUGGACUACUGGGGUAUUGAUGAAAUCUACCUGGAGUCCUGCUGCCAAGCACGGUAUCACCAGAAAAAGGAGCAGAUGAAUGAGGAGCUGAGGAGGGAGGCAGAGACGCUAAGGGAGAAGGAUGGAGAAGAGGAGGAGCAGGGCUGUUGUCCUGACAAACGACAGAAGCUCUGGGAUCUCCUGGAGAAACCCGGCUCAUCUGUGGCCGCAAAGAUACUGGCCAUGAUCUCCAUCCUAUUCAUUAUCAUUUCCACCAUCUCAUUGUCUCUCAACACAUUGCCAGAACUGCAAGUGGUAGAUGAAUUUGGCCAGUUCAAUGACAACCCCAGUCUGGCCCAUGUGGAGGCUGUGUGCAUUGCCUGGUUUACCAUGGAGUAUAUGCUGCGUCUGCUCUCAGCACCCAACAAGUGGGAUUUCAUCAAAGCACCACUAAACAUCAUUGAUUUGCUGGCUAUAAUGCCUUACUAUGUGACCCUCUGCCUAACUGAGUCUAACAAGAAUGUGAUGCAAUUCCAGAAUGUUCGCCGUGUGGUCCAGAUCUUCCGAAUUAUGAGGAUCCUGAGGAUACUGAAGCUAGCCAGGCACUCAACAGGGCUUCAGUCUUUAGGCUUCACUCUGCGAAGAAGCUACAAUGAGUUGGGUCUGCUCAUCUUGUUCUUAGCCAUGGGCAUUAUGAUCUUCUCUAGCUUAGUGUUCUUUGCAGAGAAGGAUGAGGAUGCCACCAAAUUCACCAGUAUCCCCGCCUCUUUCUGGUGGGCUACAAUUACUAUGACCACUGUUGGUUAUGGAGACAUCUAUCCUCAAACCCUGCUGGGUAAGAUUGUGGGAGGUCUUUGCUGUAUAGCAGGUGUGUUAGUCAUUGCCCUUCCUAUCCCAAUCAUUGUCAACAACUUCUCUGAGUUCUACAGAGAGCAAAAGAGGCAGGAGAAGGCAAUCAAGAGGAGGGAAGCCCUUGAAAGAGCCAAACGGAGUGGAAGUAUUAUCUCUAUUAACCUAAAGGAUGCUUUUGCACGUAGUAUGGAACUCACAGAUGUGUUAGUGGAGAAGAGAGAGGACAGCAAGUGUCCUGUGGAUAAUCACCUCUCACCCAGCCGCUGGAGCUACCACAAACACUACACUAAUGCAGAGGCGACUAGUCCAGCUAGGUCUCAACAUUCUCAUUAUCAGGAAGUAGCGCAGCAGGGCUCUCCUGAACGAGUCAAGCUCCCAUCUAACAAAACUACCCCUCAGCACCUCAGUGUAAAGAGGCUAGAAGAGACUUACAACAAGACGGCAACCACCCAAGAACAAAAGAACAAAAUUAUAGAGGAGCAGGUGGAGAUGCAAACAUUGCCCUUCACACAAGUCCAGCAAAAUUCCCCUGAUGUAACUGAUGAUAUUUCAGUGGAAAAGGGGGCAAGAAGCUCUCUUAUGUUGAGUGCUGACGGAAGUCAAACUGGUGCUAGACACCAACACAUCCCCCCUCCUUUGGAUCUAAGUCAGAUAAGCACCAUGGAAGUAAACAGGGGCCCUGACAGCAUCCAAACAGGGACUAUCAUCAAAGAGGGUUUGUAUGAGUUUGUGUCUAGCCCCAGAGGAAGUGGGGCUGGGGAUAUGAGUUUGGUUCCACAGAAUGUCGAAAGUUAUAGCAGCCCCCAAAAGCCAGAAGCCCUAAAGGUUGACUUCAUUGAAUCUCAAGAAGACGUGCUUAUGGCUGUGAUGACACCUAAUGCAACCCCAGCCUCUACUGGCUCAACCAAGCUUACUCAACUACUUUCUGAUGACAUUAUCACCAGGUUUUCUCCACCUCCAAGUUCUGCAACACAUGAAGUUAAGUCUCCACUGGCAAUCCUGCAAUCCCCAUCUCUGCCCCAGCAAUCUGUCAGUCCAAACUACUCCCAUGGGGGAGGUGAGGGCUCAGCAUCCAGGAGCUUAGAAGGUGAAGGGCAGCUCACAGGCUUAAGCCACCAGGGAAGGAAUCACAUGGAGAGGUCUGUCAUUGCCUCAAGUAGCAGUGCUAGCCCACUGCCUUCAAAAGCCGGCCCCCUCAACUGCACCCAGCAGCUAGUAGCUAUGGAAGGAGGGAAGGAAGAAGGAGUAAAGGAGGAAGCAGAACAGUGUGGCGAGAAACAGGAAAAUCACAUUGUUAUGGACGGAUGCAUGACACCACCCUGUGAAACGAGCAUGUAA